UCGCUCAGUAUCGCCCGUCCUAUCGCAGGGGUGAGAGUGCGCGCGGUUGUUUUACAAUUUUAUAUUUGCGAACAUGUUUGAUAGUUAUUUGUUGAUAAUAAUAUGUGAUUGUGUUCUUGUACUUGAGAUGAUAUUCUAAGGAUGCCUGGACGUUUUUCAAAGAGAUUUUUGGCAGAAGCAGCGCUGCUGUUCCUUGCCGUAACCAGCGCCCGCGCAGCUUGCCCCGCCGGCUGCCGCUGCGCCCAGAGAGGGGGGCAAGAAGAGUACCGUUGCGAGGGGGGAGGGGACCUGCUCGUCGUCGUCGUGGAUGUGAACGAGAGGGCGCAAGUAUACUGCAAGGGAGGUCGCCUGAGCUGCGCCAGCUUCCCCCAACUCUCAGCAACCCACAACGGGGUCCUGCCGACGCUGCAGCUGGACUCAUGCGAGCUCCCGGAGUCGCUUGCCUGCUUACUGCCGCGGCUGGGGGCAGGAGCGGUGGGCGCCUUGCGGGUGGAAGGCUGUAGCGAGCUGACUGGUUCCCAUGUUGCAGAGUUGGAGGGACUACAGUCGCUGUGGAUCUUGGACACUGGUUUCCAAAAGACGCUCCCUUUCGACGCUAUAGCAAGACUCCCAACCCUCACCGAUGUCCAUGUGAAGAACAGCAUCAUCCAGCUGACGCCGAGCCUCGUCCAGAACACACAUCUUCAAACGUUAGAGCUGGGACUCAACCACAUCAGAGAGAUCCCUCCUGGCACCUUCAGGACUUUCCCCAACCUGACCCGGCUGUUCUUGUACGGGAACAAGAUUGAAAAUAUAUCGGAAGAGGACUUUGAAGGUCUGCACAGUCUCACGCACCUGGAUCUAUGCCGCAACCCACUGCUUACAUUGCGCGCGCGCGUCUUCGCCAGCCUGCCGCGACUGCGCCGCCUCACGCUGGCACAGACCGGCCUGGAAGUGAUCAAGACCGGAGCCUUUGAGGGACUGGAUGACCUUGAAGAGAUCGACAUCAAAGCAAGUAAAUCCUCGCUGAAGUUCAAGAGCCUCUCUCUAUCCAACCUGCCAAGGCUCAGGCAUAUCCUCAUACACUCCACACCGCUAUACCCUCUACCAGAAGAUCUAUUCACCAACUCCAAAGCUAUAUACUACAUAAACAUCACCAAGUGCGGUCUCAGUGAACUUCCAAGGAAGUUAUUCCGCGACCAGAGACAAAUGAAGAUAUUAGAUAUGAGCCACAAUAACAUUGAGAUACUGCCCGAAGAUAUUUUCUGGCCUCUUGACAAUUUGGCUGAGUUGAACUUGACUGGAAACCUGAUUGAAGUGUUACCUUGGAGUCUCUUUGAAGGUCUGACCAACCUCAAAUCGAUCUCUAUUGACGACAACCGUCUCUCUCUCAUCCCGCAUUCCACCUUCAACGGGCCAAAGAACCUUAACAGACUGUCCUUACGAAACAACCAAUUAAUGCUUGAAGACGGUAAUGAAGAUUCACCGUUUCGAGAUCUGAGUUAUCUAGAAGAAAUAGACUUGAGCGGGAAUUUGAUAAGGAAGGUGUUCGACGACUGGCGGCUGGCGUGGGUACACUCCAUAAGGACGAUAGACUUGUCCAGGAAUAGGAUACGUGCUUUGAGGGCACAAGACGUCGAGUUCCUCGGCUUCAACGUGACCAUAGAUCUUCGGCACAACAACAUCACCACCAUCGCUGUGCGCCCCAAUCUCCACGACGCUACGGAAUACGACGGCGCGACUUUCCUUUUGGGGUACAAUCCUAUAAACUGUAAUUGCGACUUGCACCCUUUCUUGUACUUCACUAGACACCACCAAAACCCAAAAUUUGUUUUAGAAAACACACUUUGUACUUCUCCAAAUAUCUUGAUCAAUAAUUCAAUACACGACUUGCCUUUAGAAUCCUUAUAUUGUGAUGUUAAUAAUAGUGAAGGAUGCCCUGAAUCUUGUUCCUGUAAAAUUCGACCGGAAACUUCUAUGAUUGAAUUCGAUUGCUCCAAAACUCCAUCUCUAGGACUUCCUGAUGCAAUGAGCUUUAAUUUGAAAAGUACUAAAGUCAGAAUCAGAAAUAUUCAAGUUCCUAUGAAUUUACCUGAAAAUGCAGUGUUUUUAGAUCUCCACAAUUUGAGUCUUACUGAAGUGCCUGAUAUACCUCAUGGUAUUGUGGAAUUAGAUUUAAGAAAUAAUGAUUUAACGGCAAUACCAGAAGAUGCUUUGAGAGAUAAUCUGACUUUGUAUUUGGCUGGUAAUAAAAUUUCGUGUUCCUGUUGGAAUAAGCUUCAAAUAGAUUUGUUGUACAAAAGUAAGGAUAAAAUCAAAGAUUAUGAUGCUAUAGUGUGUAACGACGGGUCGUAUUUGGCUAAAUUAGAACCGGGGCAUUUAUGCGACGUGUGGUGGGCGACCGUAGUGGGGUCUGCCUUAGCUGCUGCAGGCCUACUGGCAGCAGUGGUGGUGGUUUUAGUCUACUACCGCAUCAGAAAGAUCGAGAAAUUCAUAUACACCCGCGGCUGGCCUCUCCCCCCGUUCAUGUACGAAGAAGACGUCGACAACAGAACUACUGACGUUCUCAUAUCUUACCCCGAUUCGUUAGAGAAAUUCGUUGUAACUCAAUUGGCUCCACUUUUGAGGCGCGCUGGGUUCUCGGUGAGUCUUCGCUGCGUGAACUGGGAUGUAGGGGACUACCUUCCUGUGAAAGUCACCAAUUUGGUCGAAGAAUCUCGUAGGACACUGGUCUUGUUGUCUAAUGAUUACUUCGAAUCGGACGCUCGGCUUGAACUGCGCGCUGCUUUGAUGGACGAAAGGCGCAGCAAAAGAAAGCGAGUCUUAUUAGUACUUACAGAAGAAUUACAGUCAGAUCCUAGUUUGGACAGAUUCAUCCAGACGAGGAAUAAUUUGAGUCUUAGAGACGACCAGUUCUGGGAGCGGUUGCUGACGCAAUUGCCAAGGAAAAGGAAGCCGAAGGCGAAAUCAGGUCAGAAAAUGAAAAAUGUGCUUUCGACCCUCCAUCAAGACAUGUUGUGCAAUUCUAAGAUGUCUUUGAACAGGUUAUGACCUUUACAUACGUAAAUAGUUCAAUUUUUUAUGUCCUAGUCUAAUAUUUAGUCAGUUAUUAUUCCUAGAAACUAGCGUUUCCAAACUAGUGUUUUUCUUCUUCAAAAGCGUACAGCGGUGUCACGUGUAAGUGGAUAUAAAGCGUAACAUUAUUUUCAAUACUCAAUACAUAAUUAUUUAUUGCAUUUAUGUUAUAAAUAGCCAAUCUGUUAUAGGGUACUUCUCAUUUACACUCAAAUUUGAUGG